GAGGCUCCGUGUUACUUUAUAGACCGUUAUUUAAAACUUAAAAACCUGAAAAUUCAGUCAAUAAUCCAACGCUACCACACUGCCGCGCGCCGCCGGUUACCAUUUUCAGAUUUAGAGAGUUGAAAAAUUUGCCUUUAUACUCAAAACCAAUACAAUGAGUGAUCCAAAUCCUCAUGACAGUGGUGACGAAGACAACAACAACAAUGAUGUUUUCAUUGAUGAGUCUGAUAUCGUCCAUGAAGUUGCCUCCGACGAUGAUGAAGUUCUUCCCGAUGCAGAUGCCAAUGAUGCUGAUGGAGAUGGAGAUGGCAGUUCGGAACCUGAUGAUGAUGAUGCUGAGCACAUAUUCACUGGUCAUACUGGGGAAUUAUAUUCAGUUGCCUGCAGCCCAACAGAUACCGAACUGGUUGCAACAGGAGGUGGUGACGACAGAGGAUUUCUCUGGAAGAUCAAUAAUGGAGAGUGGGCUUCUGAGCUUAAAGGUCAUGAAGAAUCUGUAUCUAGUUUAGGUUUUAGCCACGAUGGAACGUUUCUGGCAUCAGGAGGCCUUGAUGGAACUAUUAAAAUAUGGGAUGCAUCUGGAAAUCUGAAGGGUGAACUUGAGGGUGCUGGAGGGGGCAUUGAGUGGCUCAGGUGGCAUCCAAGAGGAAACAUGCUCAUGGCUGGUUUUGAAGAAUCCCCCUCGGUUUGGAUGUGGAAUGUUAAAAAUUUGUCCAUCUUUAUGUCAUUUGAUGGCCAUGCUAGUAAAGUGACUUGUGGUGAUUUUACUCCCGAUGGGAGAAUAAUAUGCACUGGUUCUGACGAUGCAACCUUGAGAAUAUGGAACCCAAAAACUGGAGAAAGCAUUCAUGUUGUGCGAGGUCAUCCAUACCACACCGAGGGAAUAACAUGUUUAGCAAUAAAUCCGGCUUCAACUAUUGCUCUUACUGGUUCCCAGGAUGGAUCUGUUCAUAUUGUGAAUAUCACUACAGGAAGAGUUGUUAGUACCCUGCCUUCUCAUUCAAGUUCCAUCGAGUGUGUUGGGUUCGCACCAAGCCCACCAAACGCACCAAGUGGUUCCCGGGCAGCAAUUGGAGGCUUGGAUAAAAUGAUCAUCUGGGAUGUGGAGCACUCCUUAGUCCGAAGCACUUGUGAGCACGAGUAUGGAGUGACAUGCUUAAUAUGGCUUGGAACAUCAUAUGUGGCUACUGGUUCUAAUGACGGAUUAGUUAGAAUAUGGGACAGUCGAUCUGGUGAAUGUGUCAGAACUUUCAGAGGGCACUCUGAAAACAUUCAAUCUCUUUCUUUGUCUGCUAAUGGCGAGUACCUUGUCUCGGCUUCUAUGGAUCAUACAGCUCGUGUUUUUGAUGUUAAAGGAUUUCGUUAAGCAAAGCCAUUUGUUUGAUUUCAUAUGAUAUGGGGUUGUCGAUCAUCGAGGUGGAGUCCCUUUCUAGGCACACCUCCAUAUAUAUGUCGUUGAGGACAGUGGCUGUUACUCUAUAGAAGCCAUGCUGUUCUUGUAUGUUAUGUUGUGGUAGAGUAAAAAACUGUUGCGGAAAGUUUUGAAUUUUGAUGGACCUAGACAUUCUGAAACAGAAAUUUGGAUUUGUUUAAGGUUAUUUUUCCUUUUUAAUAUUAAUUUUGAUGUUCGCACAAACACAUUAGUGUUUUA